AUGGAAAGCAAAGAAGGGGUUAGCGAUGCUGUGUUAGAUUUGAUCAAGCGCGAACGGAAUGGAGAGACUAUCCCUCGUAAGCUGAUCCGUGACGUCAUUGAUUGUUAUGUGUCAUUGCAUAUUUUAUCCCUCUAUGUUGAAAGAAGGGAGGAUGAGCUCGCUCGACGUGAUAUGUACCUUCAUAUGGCUACAAAAGAGCCUCUUUCGAAGCGUUGCGAGAAGGUAUUGAUUGAAGCGCAACUGGAACUUUUUCAAAGCGAGUUUGGCGCCCUACUUGAAGCAAACAAGGAUGAUGAUCUUGCUAGGAUGUACAAGUUAUGCAAACGAGUUGAAGAUGGUCUUAAUAAUCUGAGAUCUGCGCUCGAAAGUCACAUCACCAAGGAAGGUCUUGCAGCUAUUGCCAAAGUUGCAGAUACGGCAUUCACGGCGGCUACUACUUUCAUCAAUAGAAAAGUAACAAGACGCUCUCAGCAACAACUAAGAAAAUCACCGGAACUACUAGCCAGCUCCAACAGCUACAGCUUCGCGAUAGCAGGGGUAGUGACUCUUCUGCUUCUUUCUGUACCUGCAGCGGAGGCGGGUUACAUACCCAAGGAUGACGAUCGCCCCAUUAACAUGUGUGAGACAUCCGGGUCACAGUCAACCUUCAGAGAUCCGAUCGGAUACCUCAAUAGCGCAUAUCUCCCGCUGUCUACCUAA